GUGACUGGUGAAACGUAAACGCGGCAUCGACAAGCAUUCUUAUCUUCGUAAAAUGUUCUUUGGGCUGUUUGGUUUUUUUAUCUUUCUUCUUUCCUCCGUGUAAAUUUUGAAACAGCAGCAAGCGGCAUGGCUGAGUUGCUUUUAGAUCCAAACAUUCGGGGUUGGGUGUUUUUGCCAAUUGUUGUGAUUACGUUUCUCGUAGGAAUCAUCCGUCAUUAUGUUUCGAUACUACUUGCCUCGCAGAAGAAAGUCGAGGUUCAUCAAGUGCAAGACAGUCAAGUGAUGAUACGAUCUAGAUUACUUCGAGAAAAUGGUCAAUAUAUUCCGAAAAUGGCAUUUAUCAGUAGAAGGCAUUUUUUUAAUAACGAAGAAACAGGGUAUUUCAAAACACAAAAGCGUGCUCCCGUUGCACAGAAUCCAAUGACGGAUCCUAACAUGAUGAUAGAUAUGUUAAAAGGAAAUGUAACCAAUGUUUUGCCAACUGUACUCAUAGGUGGAUGGAUCAAUUGGAUGUUAUCUGGCUUUGUUACAACCAAAGUGCCAUUUCCUUUGACAUUGCGUUUCAAACCAAUGUUACAACGUGGUAUAGAAUUAGUUACUCUUGAUGCUGCAUGGGUUUCAUCUGCAUCUUGGUAUUUCCUUAAUGUGUUUGGACUGCGUUCUAUUUACACCCUUGUUCUUGGAGAAAGCAAUGCUGCAGAUGCCUUUAGACUUCAGCAAGAUCAAGUAUCCGGUGCUGCUAUGUCUAUGCCACCAGAUCCAAAAGCUGCUUUCAAAUCAGAGUGGGAAGCAUUGGAAAUAUAUGAACAUAAUUGGGCAUUACAGGGUGUCGAAGCAGACCUGAUAGGAUCUCAAAGGACAGAUACCAAUGAAAGUAGCAAGUAAAAGAAACACGCUACUAGUAAUUUAAGUUUUAAAAAAUAUUAAACAAACUAAUAGUUUUAGCAAGCACAAGAAAUAAGACGUUAUUUAUGAUUUGAAAUAUUCUAUCUCCUGUUUCAUUAGUCUUCAUCUAUAAAAUAUAAACUUAUUUGCACUUUUAAAGUACAAGCAGGUAUUUGUAUUUAAUAUUUAUAAAUUAUUAAAUGGUAUGUACACUAAGUUGCGUAAUAAUAAAUGUUCGUUUUACAUAUAACACGAAUUCAUUAAUUUUUAAUUAUUUACUACAUAA